GUACUUCCUGUCUUUGGUCAAAGAAGAAUGGGGCAGGACAGCGCAGCCAGCGACUUGAGUACUUUUCUUCCUGGGAGUUUCAUGCUGCGCAGCUAAGAGAAGCGAAAGAAGUGGACAAGAGCCUGCAAAAAUAUUUGUUUGAUUUAUGAGAAAGCAGUUCAGUGAGAUCGGCUUCUAGAGUAUAACAAGGCACAAGGGGGUUGAAGGAGGAGGGGACAAGAUAAGUGUCAAUCUGUUGAGACUUGUUUGGGAAUUUGAAGAAGGAAGGAGGUGGGGAGAGCCAGAGAGAGGCAGCGAGAAAGUGGAGGAGAGUUCAGGCGUAAACAUUUGGCUUUUUUUCCGCCACUCUUAGAUAAGCAGCUUCAUUUUGGAAAUAUGCUUGAGAUUAAAUAAGUCACCACGGACAAGGUGAAAGCAAAAAAUGCAGACUUGUGUGUUGUGCAAUCCCUAUGCUUGAGAGCUGAGCAGGACCGGGGGGAGACCAGCUCUCCCCACGACUUCACAUUCAGGUUCUCCAAAUUAUGGUACCAUGGGGACCAAAAGGCCAAAUUGCACCCUCUUUGACAAUUCAUCAAAUAUAAAGACGUGUGACCGCAGCCUUCAGCCAGGCGGAAGAAUCUCCAGGGAUCCAAGUCCAAGGCCAGCCAUGACUGCCCAGGCAGAGUGGGAAAGCGGCCGAGACAAAGAGGGACGGCGGGAUCGGGAAGGGGAGAAAAUGAAAGACAAGCCCAGGUACAGAGAUACAGAACCCCGUGAGAGAUACUACGAGCGAGACCGAGGUCCAAAGACCAGGCCGAGGGAGGCUGGCCAAGAAAGGAGGCGAGACGAUGAAAGGAAAAAUGGGAGGCCGCUGUCAAAUGUCGAGAGCGUCAUUGGGCGGGAGAUGGAAUGGAGCAUGGGGAAAGGUGACACAUUUCCCAGGAUGAGAAGAAGUCGCGAACGGGAUGAAGGACGCGAGCAGAGGCGCCAAAGAGACAAGCCGAGAAGGACCGAGGCGGACGACUGGGAGCGCGAAAGAGAUCGAACUCAUCAGAGGGAGCGAGAAAGAGGCGAAUGGCGAAACUAUGAAAAAUCCCGGCAACGAUAUCAAGAGUCCAACCCUCCUCCCAGAGAAAACAGGAAAGACAUGGAGUCAAGAAGAAGAGAAAACGUGGGAGGCAAGGAGGCCAGGAUGCCCUCACCGCACAGUCGGAGAGACAGGGGGAUGUAUCACGACAGCGAGAGGGCCUACAAGACAGCCAGAGGGAGGGGCACGAGGAGCGAGGGAGACAGCGAUGACCGAGACAGAAGGCGGCAAAAAACGAGGGGCAGCAGAGAGCGGGAGGAGUUGACAUAUCAACACAGCAGAAGUGAGGGGGACAGCAAGGGCAGCUCAGCAAGGGAGCCGGACAGACACCGGCACAGAGACCGUGUCGGGACGGGGGAGGAGAGGGACAGACAUAGGGAGGACGGUGGGAGAGUAGCGUGGGAGGGGGGGGGACAGUCCAGAGACAGGAGAGAGAAGGAGCACUACAGGGCGCACGGGCCGAGGAAGGAAAGGCAAAGACAGGAAAGAGAGGCUGACCCUAGGGGGGAUGACACAACCCUCAGGGAGGCGGCCUCGAGGGCGCCGCCGAAAUCUCAGAGUAGUGGUGAGUGGAGCAGCGAUAUGGACAAUGACACGCGACGCAGGCGAGGCAGAGAAGAAGAGGGGGAGUCGGGGAAGGACAGCCAGCGGGACGACAGGAGGAGUGCAAAGAGAGAAGAGCAAAGGAGAAGUGAGAUAGGCAAAAAUGAGAUGGAGCAGAGACGGAUGUGGUUAGAACCAGCGAGGGGCAGGAACAGCCAACAGUCGUCUCUGGAGGAUGACUUUGCAGACAGAGAGAAGCCCGGCGAGUGGAACGAGGGGAGGGAGGCACAGGCAGGACCAGUUGAUAGUCGGAGACGGGAGGGGGUCAGCGUAGACGGGGAAGAGGAGGUCCCAGGGGAGUUAGAUGGCAGCCAUGGAGGUAUGGGGCUAAGCUGGCAGAGGGAUGCAGAGAGAGAGAGCAACAGCGAGGAGAGCGAAAGGGGAAGUGAGACAGGGUGGAGGCCAGAUAGUGAGCGAAUACACUCAGGAGAGGACGGCUUCGUGACCGUGUCGAGCGGCGGUGACGACGAGGACGAGCGAGAGGAGUUUCUGGACUGUCAGGACUUUUGGGGGGGGCGGGGUUUCGAGAGACACUCCUCCGACUCUCGGACGUGAGCCGCAGACGAGGGAGGAAAAUGCUAAUGAGGAAGAACCGGCUGGGAAGCCCAAAUACGUCUUCUGCGUGAUCGGGCAAACGUUAGAACGAGCGAAGACUGACAGGAUGUCGCCGUCAGUUGCUGAGCAGGAGGAAGAAGCCGAAAGCCGCAACCUCCUUUCGGAAAGCAGCGAUGAUGUCAGCUGGCAACCUCCUGAUGACCUACGCCCGUCACCGAUGAGCAAUGAUGAGCAUGUGAUGAACAGCCAACGGGAGGCUGACGGGGACAACAACAGGUGUACAGAGGACAACCAAGAAACGCUUUCUCCGCAAGACAUGAAAGCGAGGAAAGCGGAGCACCCGUACGCCGAAAUUGGGCCUUUUAAAAGGGAUUCACAGACUGAAAAACUCCUCAUGAAGUGGAGGGAAAAGAGUAAAGAAAUUGUAGAGAGGGAAGGACCGUCUCCUCCCCCGAGGAAUCCUUACGCCGAUGUCUACUCACAGCUGACGUUUGAGCAAAUUCUGCCUGCCUUAGAAGGACUCAACGUUGAAGACAUGAGCCCAGAAGAGAAAGAAGCCAUUCGCAUCCGAAUGAGCGGCGCGUGGAGCAUGUCAGAGGAGCCGAAGCGUCAUUCACAAGCCCCUCACCUUAAGUGGGCCAAAAACGUGGUAAGGGAGAUCCUGGGACACUCGGGCGAGGACCUGACAGAAGACCCCGGCUCGGGAGAGCGAGGACCCGCACGGACCGAGACGAGCCGAGCGGACGAGGUUGCGCAAGGGACUGCGGAAAUGCACCUCAGGAAACCGAGAGAGGACGAGCCGCAGUCCGAACCCGAGCUGGAGCUGGAGGAGGAUGUGGAGGGACUGAGAGGUAUGGGGCAAGGCCAGGAAGACAUGCAUGCUCACCGGCUCUCGGCCAUGCAUGCUGACACAUCCGCGUACACUCGCGCUGACACAUUGGUUGACACACGAGGGAAGGAGGAUCCAAACUCGGCCGUGGAUAUAGAAUCUGAGCCUCAGCCCGAGCUGCGGUCAGAGAAGGUAGCCGUGAAAAUGGCCGAGGAGACAGACAACGAGGUAAAGAUGUCAGAGACUGAGAAAGAGGCGAGCAGACAGAAGGAAACGGAGAUAUAUUUGAGCGUGAGCAACACGCUGUAUAAGCCGAGCAGCUGCCCCAUUCUCAAUUAUCCGUCUCAAUUGGAUCUCCUCCAACCCUCCACAGAGGGUAAUGAUGAUGAGGUAGAUGAUGAAGAGGCAGAAGGCAAAAGGGAGGGGCAGGAGACAGGUUCGCUGCAGGAUCAGGACUCAUCAAGUGCAGAGUCAGAACCAGAUGAGCUUAGCACAGACGGAGCAGACCCGGAAGCAAGGAAACGGGGAGGCGCCGCUCUGACGAGCACCUCCAGUUUCCGGGACUUGGGUUCCGAGGCCCGUUUGAGGAGACGGGGCAUCCGUAAGACCACCGAAAGAAGAAACGAGGUGCUUGUAGAGGUGGAAGAGGAGGAAGGUGUUGCCGGCGAUCGCAGAACUCGAAUAUUCACUACAACAGACGAGGAUGAUCGCUGUAAAAGCUGGGGAGAGGUGGACCUGAGGAACGUUUUGGACACAAUUGGGAGACGGAAAAGGAAUUCAAAGUUUUUCAAUCGCGCUCAACUCUACCAGCAGUACAGCGAAGCGGCCCAGAACUCCGAAAUCCUGCGCCAGUCUCGCUCCGAUAUCCUCUCGGUUGGCGAGGACAAUUCGGCCUCUCCGGCCGCGUCGCCGCCUCCGGCCCGCCGACCUCUCCCGCCGCUGCCCCCGGUCCCGCACCCCCACUCCCUGUCCCAUGCGGGCUCUGUCACCAGCGUGAGAAGUUUGCCUCUGCCCGAGCCCCACAGGAGCGAGGGCAGGCCCUCGUCGCCGCGCCUCUCCAUCUCGCUCACGCAGUCGGCCACGCUGUGGCGAGAGCUGCCGGGAGUCAGGAAUAGCAACGAGCUGGAGGACCUCACGGAAGACAAGAGGCGUCUUCAGGAGGUGCGAUUUGAAGUGGUGACAUCUGAGGCGUCCUACUGCCGCAGUCUGGACAUCGUGGUGGAGCAUUUUGUCAAGUCCAAACAGCUGGGGUCGCUACUGACCACCCAGGAUCGCAACUGGCUCUUUUCCCGGCUAGCCGACGUCCGCGCCAUCAGUCACAGUUUCUUGUCAAAGCUGGAGGAGCGGCUGGAGUCUGACAUUAUGCACUUUACCGUGUGUGACAUCAUCGCCCGCCACUGCCAGCGCUUCAAGAUGGUUUACGUUCCCUACCUCACCAACCAGUCCUAUCAGGACGCCACCUACCAGAGACUCAUGAAUGAGAAUCCAGGCUUUAAGCGCAUCGUGGAGAAGUUGGAGAGGAGUCCUGUUUGUCAGAGACUCCCCCUUCGUUCCUUCCUCGUCCUUCCAUUCCAAAGAAUAACACGAAUCAAACUGCUGGUCCAGAAUAUCGUGAAGAGAACAACUGCGGGCACCCCAGAAGCGACGCAGGCUAUUAAAGCUUUGAGACUGUUAGAAAAGCUGAUCCAAGAGAGCAACGACAGCAUCUCCCAAAUGAAAAGCAUCGAGUCGUUGGUGUGUCUCAGCGCCAAGGUGGACUUUGAGUGCAGGACUCUUCCUCUCAUCAGUCAGUCUCGGAGGUUGGUACGAGAGGGACUGGUCACCGAACUGAUGGACUUCUCCCUAAAGGACACAGAGAGGAAUAUUUACAUGCACCUCUUCAACGACUACCUGCUGGUUUCGCAACAUAAAGAGGGGGGGCGAUUUACGGUGAUCGACCACGCUCCCGUGGAGGAGCUGCGAGUGGAGAACUGCCGUGUCAAACUUCAUUCCCUGCAGAAGAACCUUUUCAGGCUCCACAUGUCCAGCAAGUCGCUGCUGCUAAGGACCGACACACAGAGUGAUAAGCUACGCUGGAUAUCCGCCCUUUCACGUCCUCACCCUGAAGUGGAUUUUUCUUCAGCUCAAGAUUUCCCACAGAUGCAGUGUAUCAGAGCGUUUGUGGCCCAGCAGCCGGAUGAGUUGUCGUUAGAAAAAGCUGACAUCAUACUGGUGCACCAACAAAGCAGCGACCAUUGGGUCGAGGGCACCAGACUGUCCGAUCGGCAUCGCGGAUGGGUACCGGACUCGCAUUUGGAAUUGAUCGGCAACACCAGGGUCCGACAGCGCAAUCUGUCAGAUGCCCUCAAGCUCACGACGGCCACGGCCGCGGUAUGAGCGGGACAGAAAGCGACAGACUCAUGCAUCCGCUUGCCUUACAUUUCCUCUUGGGAUGAUUUGGAGAGUCUCUGUUUCUGAAUGUGGAUUCCUGCCUUUUAAUCAAAGACAUUGGAGCAAUGCAAGACCACAGUAGAUGAGGCCUGGACUUGUGGACUCUAUGAUUUUUUUUUUUUUAUCCUCAUCACAAACUGUGUGUGGUUAUAAUAUGUGUUUUCAAAAGCAGAAAUAUUUUCCCAAGAAAUGUUAUGAGGAAAAUAAUACAUCUGUAUAUCUAUUCGAGUGGCAUAGAUGAGUUAAGCGCGCAUGUAUUAAUGCAACGCGAGCUCCUGCAUGCAGGAGACCUUGACAGCGCUCAAUGUAAAAAAAAUGGCAACUUCUUAAAUAUACAGAACGUUUUAGGGACACAGUGAACAUGUUUCAAUAAAUUCAAAUUUCAAUCACGCA